AGUUAACGAGCGAAACGGCCCUUGACGACAGCGGGUGUAGCUCUUCUGUGCGAAGGGCACCCUCGCGUUCAGGAAUGGGUGAACUAAAAGUGUUCUCUGUUGGAACCAACGUAGCCUCACAAGUCUUGCCCAAAGACGAGCGGGCAAUUGCCUGCUAACAGUGGGAGGAGAAAUUGUGAAGACCAGUAGGCGUCUUCAAUUAUUAAAGAUACCGUAACCGGAUGCGAUUUUAUAACCACAUUUAACAGUCAAAGGUUGUAUCAGCGAACGUAAGGUUUCAUUUGCUAUUAUUUUCGAAUUGAGUUAUAUAAGGGAGUGAGAAUGAGUAGACCCAAACGAAUUGUUUUAUUUAAAUAGUAACACUAAUUCGAAAUAGUCGAGCAAUGAGGAGGGUGGUUACAAAUCUAUGUGUUACAGAGCUCUCACCUUGUUAUUAUACUCCGUCGAUCACACAAGGAGAAUUUUCGGUAGUCAAUUAUACUUGGCUGAACUAUCUGAACUUGUUUACCAAAUGAACUUCUAUUACUGAUUUAACUGACCGAAGUAGCUGCUCGUAGUAACUGUUUACUGAUUGACGUUAAGUAACUCGCUGAAGCGACUGAACCAAACUGUUUACUGAAAGACCGAACUGAAGCAACUGAUUGAAACAACUGUGAUUGACUUGAUUCGAAGUUCGAAGGAUAAGUAUCGCGCAAUGUUUUGUUCCCAUGGGAACUGUUUGUCUUUGUGCGAACGAUGGAAUGUUAACACGUAGUUAUCUUGCGACUGUUGCAAUUUCAUGUUGGGGUUUGGUAUGUGGUCUUCCCAAGAGUAUUGCAGUCUUCAUUUCUGCUGAUGCUCCUCAAGAGCAUUACCGUUUCAUAUUUCUGCUGAUUAGAGUUCGAUAUGCGAUCUUCAUAAGUACGUUGCAGUUUCCUAUCUUUGCUGAUAACCUUCUCAGGAGUAUUAAGGUUUCCUAUUUCCGCUGGUUAGAGUCUGAUAUACAGUCUCCUUGAGGGCGUUGCAUUCUCCCAUCUUCCUUCUUCUGCCUACUGGGGUGUCAUGGUGAAGUGCACGCGUAAAGCGGGGCGCGUAGGCCAGCGUUCAAUUGUUCUGCCAACUCUCCACACUGCAACAGGUAUUACUCCACACUUCGUGAUAUAACAAAGUGUUUUACAGUGUUAGCACUUUACGUCGGAGUUGACAGACUUUUGCACUUUUGUUCAUUAUUACGAUUCGUUAUUCGCGAAAUAUUCUAUAAGCGAUUCGUUGUCAUCUCAUUUGCGUAGUUUUCUGAUCAUGAGCGCAGCAGAACCGAUGACCUCUGUUUCCAGCCCGGUCGUACAGUGUAAAAAACCCAAACAGAAAAGGAAAAGGCUGAAUAAGAACCGUUCGAGGAAGCGCGGGCGCCGUGCAGGGAUGAGGUUCCAGGAACAAAAGAAAAGAACGUGUAUGUUGAAGGAAGUCGUGCCCGCCUUCCUCAGCACAACGAAUCCUGCGUCAACGCAGCGGUCCAGCAGUCCUCCUCUCGUUGACUUUACGUUGCCAGAGGAAGAUAUUGCGGAGCUCUCGCCGUGCCCGUCCCCUGUUGAAUUGCUCGUGACGGAUCAUUGUGCCAAAGUCUGGUUAUCUUCGAAGAUUCCGGUCGAAAUUUUGAAUGCGCACGUACGUCAUCAUAUUUCUGGGGCAGGAGGGGUUUCGCCCAUCGUACGGUCCUGGUGCAUGGAUGUCUUUCAUCAGAUGUAUCUCGUCGAAGAUUUUCCUGAUGUGCCUUCUUAUGAUUUCAAUAUUCAUCGUUUAAAUUCUGAUUCUACAUUGUAGUGUAUAUAUAUAUAUAUAUACAUAUAUUUGUUAUCAUAUAUUGUUAUGGCUCGCGUUGAUCGCAAGCCAUGAUAUAUCCCUAUCUGAGCUAAAGUCACGGCUCAUGUUAAUCGCUAGACGUGACAUCAACCAAAAGAUGGAAAGUAAG